AUGUUGACUGCUGACAACAUUUAUGUACAUGUACCUAUAGGUGCUUAUGAGAGAGCUCUCAAAGAACAAGGAAGUGCUGAUGUAGCGUAUGCUCGUCUUAUGUUACUGGGAUCAGCUGGUACUGGCAAGACUUCUCUCAAGCGUUCAUUAAUGGAAGAACCUUUCAAUCCUCAUACUACAAGCACCAUUGUAUCUGAUGUAUCCUCUGUACGACCAUUUGGACACAAGUGGCAAACAAUGAGAGACAAGAAAUGGAGAAAAGUCACAGAAGAAGAUGAACUUGAAGAAAUUGCUCGUUUGUUUGAAUCCUUUCAUUCUAAAUCAUCCUCACACCAUGCUUCUGUAUUGAGUGCAGAAUAUUCUCAUAAUGAAUCAGAUGCAUUAGUUUCUACUAGUUCAAUAGCUUCUGAUUUGAAUGUAGAGAUUCGUAUCAAAUCAAUACUUGAAAGAGCUUGUUUUGCUUAUCGGACAACAAAACCACUUGUUCAACCAUUUCUUCAUAUAUGGGAUUGUGGUGGUCAGCCAGUGUUCCUUGAGAUUCUCCCAGCCUUCCUCACUCCUCGUACAAUGUUUCUCCUCCUGUUUGAUGCUUCAAAGGAUUUCACAGAAAGAUGGCAGUCACGUCAGAAUACUACUGAUGGUAAAGUGCUGUUUGGUGAGGUUGUGAAUGAAAGCACAAGUGAUCUAAUGGUAAAAUGGAUGUCUACAAUACACAGUUACCUUGUGAAGCACAAAAAAGAUGAUACUUCUUCUCCUAGUCCUAGUCUCUAUUGUAUUGGUACUCGUGGUGACAAGCUAAAGGGAAGAAAGAAAGAACAAGUAAAGAAGCAAAUAAAGUCCCUCUACAAGGAAAAAGAGUUCUCAGAUCUUAUUAAAGAUGUACUGAUCAUUGAUAAUACAACUUCAGGUAAAGGAGGAAGAGAAGAUCCAAGUAUUUCAGAAUUACGUGGAGCCAUUGAUACUUUUAUCAAUACAUUAGUUGUUCCAACCCCUGUCAAUUGGGUUCUCUUCCGCAAAGUUUUUCAAGAGCUAGAGCUGAAUAUCAUUAGUGUAUCUGAUGCCAUUGCCAUUGGAGAAGCAUGUCAUAUACCAGCACGUGAUGUUCCUAAAGUAUUGAAAUUCUAUCAUGAGCUGGGAGCUGUGCUAUACUAUCCUCAAAUAAAAGGUCUGAAAAAUAAAGUCAUUCUGAGUCCAAAAUGGUUUGUUGAUAUUAUUGGGAAAGCAUUUCCACUGGAUAAUGGGUGGAGUGAAACAUAUAGAUGGUAUUUGUUACAAAAUGAUGGUAUUCUUAUUCAACCACUUUAUAAAGAGAUAUGGCAGUCAAGUGAUAUUGAUCCAGAAGAAAUAAUUGAACUUUUAGUUCAUUUUCGUCUUGCAGCUCAAGUUCAAACUGAGCUUGAUGAUGCUAAACAUUAUUUUCUUCCAGCAGUGCUACCAGGAUACACAGGUGAUCCUAAUGAAGUACAACCUGGUUAUAAGCUAAGAGCCUCACCUGUACACAUUACAUUCACCACUGGCCAUGGGUAUGUACCUCCUGGCUUCUUCACUCGUUUAGCAACUGCUGUUGCUACUGAUGAUGAUAUUAAGCUCAAUUUUGAUAAUGUUUAUUCAGCACCUACUGCUGCCAUUACCAUCAAUCUUCAUUCCAAAGUUGAGAGAAGAAGUAUCUAUCGUAAUCGUGUCUGCUUCUCUUAUGGUCGUCCUUCUGAUGAUUUUGUUCUCACUGAUAUUAAUGAUGCUAUUCAAGUUGAUGUGUUGAGAUAUGUUCCUGAAAGUAGUCAUCCUGUUCCUUUUAGGACAGUUUGUCAGCAAAUAUUGAAGUUAUUAGAUGAUUGUUGCCAAAAAGUAGAAGAAACUCUGAUUCUUUACUAUGGUCACCAUACUGGUCGAUCAUCAAGAAGAAUACAAUACGUGUGUCAAUGCAGACGUUUAAAGGAAGUCCAUUACAUUCAAGACAUUGAUGCUGAGAAGCAGACGUGCUCUGAUCCUGUUUACUGCAAAAAGAAAAGACGCCCUCGCUCCCUAACUAAUAAUGAGUCACUGUGGUUUAAAGAAAAGACAAAACAUAUGCCACAAGAAAAACAGCUCCAAUUAGAGACUUCACCUAGACUCCUAGACCUAAAAGAGGAUAAUGUCGAUGAUGUUGAUGAUGAUGAAACUACACUAUUAAUUCAAAAGGUCAAAUCAACUACUAAUUACUCACCCACACAGAUCAAUAUUAUUCUUCAAAAGCUAACAUUACUAACGUCAAAUUUGGAACGUGGUAUUAAGGGAGAUGGAGGAGUAAAGUGUAAUAAUAAUAAAGAUAAAGGAACAACAACCAACACUUUGAAUGAAUCUCAGGAACAUGGAAGUACUUCAAUAGAGAAAGGACAGUCUGAUAUUGAUGUACUUAAGAUCAAUGAUGAAGUACAAGAAACACUCACUGAUAAACUGCUUGGUAAAACUAAGAGAGUAUAUAGUGUUAUUAUUAUCAUGCAGGUAAUACAGAUCUUGCUACAGUCCUUCAAGAAUUAACAUCAAAUCAACAGUUUGAUUAUGCUAAAAACUGGAAACAGUUAGGCCUGUACUUAGGAUUAUACCAACCAACUUUGAGUGCAAUUGAAGUAAACUGCAGAGGACAAGUACAGGAUUGUCUAAUGGAGUGUCUAUCUUCCUGGCUAAAGAGAGAGGAUGGAGUAAGAGAGACAAGAGGAGGUGGAUCAAACUGGAUAUCAUUAGUAGCAGCACUAGAUGCAGUGGGAGAGAGGGAGGUUGCUAACAACAUUAGAA